GUCCUUGCCUCCAAAUAGAUCAACCAAACAGGACCAAAAGAGCAACAUCGCCGUGUGCCAUCGCGCAGUUGACGUUAAAAGGAGGUCUGCAGGCGGAAAAGGAAGAACGAACCCAGGAUGCGGUAUUACGAGAAGGUCCUGCCGGACCCGGAUGAGGUGGUUAUGUGCCAGGUGCGGCAAAUUGCCGAAAUGGGAGCCUACGUGAAGCUGCUCGAAUAUGACAACGCAGAGGGGAUGAUUUUGCUCUCCGAGUUGAGUCGGAGACGUAUCAGGAGUAUCCAAAAGCUCAUUCGGGUCGGGAGGAACGAGGUGGUCGUUGUCAUGAGGGUGGACAAGGAGAAGGGAUACAUUGACUUGUCGAAGCGACGAGUAUCGCCAGACGACGUGAUCACUUGCGAGGAGCGGUACACCAAGUCGAAGACUGUGGCAAACAUCAUGUCUCAGGUCGCAGCGCGAAUGCAGUUUCCGAUCGAGCAGCUCUAUGAGCAGAUCUGCUGGCCGCUUGACAAGAAGUACGGGCAUUGCUACGAUGCAUUCAAGAUCUCCAUCUCUGAGAAGGAGAAGGUCUUCGAAGACACUUUAGGUCUGCCAGAGAACGUUUUCAACGAAGUGUACGCGAACAUUGCACGCAAACUGACACCGCAGCCGGUCAAGAUCCGUGCCGACGUGGAAGUCACAUGCUUUGGAUACGCGGGCAUCGACGCUAUCAAGAAGGCGCUCAAGGCUGGCGAGGCUGUCGAGACAGAGAGCAUCCCAAUCACAGUCAAGCUUGUCGCACCGCCGCUGUACGUCGUCAUCACCAACACAACCGACAAGACAGGUGGACUGGAGUUGCUAGAGAAGUCGCUUGAAAAGAUCGGCGAGUCGAUUAAGGCAUCCGGGGGACAGAUGAACAUCAAGAUGCAGCCAAAGGCGGUCUCCGAGGUUGAGGACCAGGAGCUCGCACAGCUCAUGGCUAGGGUCGAGAAGGAGAACGCAGAAGUCGAGGGUGACGAGGACUCGGAGGAUGAGGAUUAAGCUGAGCCAUUGUCGACACGCAGGCUCCGCCUCUUUGUAUUAUAGUACAGGUGCCAGCGUCAAAAGGGCUGCCUCUUCCUGGCUGCACGGCGCUAUCUCAUUG